AUGGCAAGGCUCACUGACGAUGUCGGCGAAACGUCUGUGAAUGUACCGCAUCCACGGUCCUACUCUGGAUAUGAUGAUGCAUACUAUGGACUCCGGACUAGGGGCGUUCCUCUAGAUCUUCCUGCCAAUAUGACCAAGUUGCGAAAACAAGGUCAAACAACUUCUAUAAACCGAAAUAUUCGGCCUUCCGAGAAAAAUCGUUCCAUGUUCGCCCGAUAUUAG